AUGGUGCACUUAUCAACCAGAAAUGUGCAGGCCAUUAACAUGUUCUUCUCUUCUUGGGCCUUACUCUUAUUGGCCUCAGGGGUUAUGCUCAAUAACUGGGUUAUAAUAAAUUCUGAAACAAAAACAAACAAGAAAAGCCACAGUCCAUGGAUGACCACUACUAUUUGGCCAAAAGGUGACCUGGAAGUGGUCAGGAUAAUGAUGAUGAUAGUGCUCGGCUCAGCCUGCUUCCAAAAUUUCUUCCUGGGUUUGCAAUUCACCUAUAUGAUUCCUCAAACUAAAUAUGUCUACUUCAUGUCUGUAUUCCUCAGUUUCUCCAUAGGUACCCUUCUGCUCUCUUCGCUCCUACUGUAUCAGCAAAAGCUAAAGCAAGGUCAGUCCGUAUACUACUUUAGUUAUAAGAUCACCUGGAUCAUUUUCACUGCCUACCUUAGUGUCUCCUUCAUUUUUUGCUCUGGAAUCUUCUCUUUCCUAGAGUACAAGCAAUCUGUGAAUACUUGCACUUGCCAGACCACCAUCACAAAUUCUGCCAGAGAAAGUCAAGAUACACAGCAAUCUGAUAGUUCUAACCAAGUCAUUCCGUUACCAGAACAAAUCUCAAUUCCUCGUAGCAUCGUCCAUAUGAACACUGAAGAUUCAAAGGAAGGUUUUCCAAAGGCAUCACAAAUCCAGAAACGCCGUGUCACCUGGGCUCUAUGA